AUGAAGAUUACGGUCAAGACUCUCCAGCAGAAGGUCUUUCAGAUCGAUGCCGACGGCUCAGACACGGUAGUCGACCUGAAGCAGAAGAUCCAGGAGAACCAGGGACACGCUGUUGAAUCACAAAAGCUCAUCUACUCAGGGAAAAUCCUUCCCGACUCGAAGACCAUAGAAUCAUGCGAAAUCAAGGAAAAGGACUUCUUGGUGCUGAUGCCCAAGCCUGCACCUGCUGCUUCGACUAGUGCCGCUGCUGCGCCAAGUCCUGCACCUCCCACACCCGCUCCUGCCGCUGUAGACGCACCUGUUGUACCAACUACGCCCUCUACUCCCGCCUCUGCCCCUCAGCCUCCCAAUGCACCCUUGCUUACGCCCGCUCAGGCAACACCAGUAUCUACGCCCGCCGAACGUGCGUUCGGCGAUUCAAAUUCCUUCUUAACCGGCGAUGCUUUGCAGUCGACGAUUCAAAACAUGAUGGAGAUGGGCUUCGAGCGGGAGCAGGUCAUGCGUGCCUUAAGGGCCAGCUUCAACAACCCCGACAGGGCGGUCGAAUACUUGUUCAACGGUAUCCCGGCACAUUUGGAGGCCGCUGCAGCAGCCCCGCAACCUCAGGCUCAGCCCGCAGCCGCUGGGAAUGCUCCGGCUGCACCUCAAGCAGCAGCUCCUGCUCCCCCCGCGCCUGUAUCGAAUGCACCUCAAAACCUCUUCCAGCUGGCUCAACAGCAGCAACAGCAACAGCAGCAGCACCAUCCAGGGGCUGGAGCCGGACUUGGUGCGGGCGCUGGAGCAGGGAUCGACAUGGCGAAUCUGCAGAACCAUCCUCAGGUCCAGCAACUCCGCGAGCUGAUCAUGCAAAACCCUGCAUUGGCUCAACCUCUCAUCCAGCAGCUUGCUGCGUCAAACCCGCAGCUCGCCCAGCUGUUCGCGCAGAAUCCGGAGGCGCUAUUGCAGCUUUUAGGCGGUGGGGAUGACUUGGAGGGUGAGGGUGGUCUGCCGCCGGGCGCUCAGGUCGUACAUGUUACGGAGGAAGAACAGGCUGCCAUCCAGCGUCUGGAGGCCCUUGGAUUCCCUCGGCAAGCUGUGAUCGAGGCGUACUUUGCAUGUGACAAGAAUGAGGAGCUGGCGGCCAACUACCUGUUUGACAGCAAUUUUGAAGACUCGUAA